GAGCAACGAUAUAAUGUACCAGAAACUGUGGGAGGCAGCAACCUCCGGAGAUGAAAAAUUCAUUGAAGAAGUAGUUCAAACAGACAAGACACUGCUUCUCCAGGUUACCAUCGAUGGCAAUUCGGUGCUGCACAUCGCCGCAAAGCGCGGCUGUGAGGGGAUCGCCAGGCAAGUGAGCGAGGAGCAGCCUUACCUCCUCACGCUGGCCAACAAGAGCGGAGAUACACCCCUGCACUUGGCGUCGGCCGCUGGCCAUCUCAGUAUCGUGAACAUUUUGAUCAACCACCGGCCGUCAUCUAACGUUGUUGAGGAAGACGUGAUGCGGAUGGCCGUCAUUUCCAACAAAAUCGGGAACACCGCCCUACAUGCGGCGACCAUCGGUGGUCAUCUCUCGGUUGUGAAAGUGCUUCUGUCGGCGGCUCCGAAACUGGCGAUCAUGACCAACGGAGCUGGGGUUUCUGCGCUCUACAUGGCGGCCGAGAGGGGAUUGCUAGGGAUUGUGGAGAACAUGCUGAUGUUAUAUCCCGCAGUCUCGCACGUAGGGCCCCGUGGUCAGACGGCGCUACAUGCUGCUGUUCUUAGAAGCGACAAAAUAUCAAUGGCGAUAAUAGAAAAGAAUCGUUCGUAUCUGAAACAUCAAGAUGCCUCCGAAAGCACUCCUCUUCACUUUGCAGCGGCCAGUGGGAAUGCUGACAUGCUGGGGUUGCUUCUGCAACAAGAUGCCUCUGCAGGUUACAUGCAGGACAAAGAUGGUUUCGCCAUCAUCCACAUCGCAGCAAGUGUAGGCAACCUGAACAUGAUCAAGAAGAUUUUGGAGCAUUGCCCUGAUGCCUUGGAACAGAAGAACAACGAAGGACGCAACUUUGUUCAUGUGGCCGUCGAGAAGAAGAAUCUAAAUGUGGUGGAGUACGUUCUCAAUUCUUCUCCCUCGGCCAAAGACCUCCUCAAUGAACAAGAUCAUGAAGGAAACACGCCUUUGCAUCUUGCGGUUCGUGCAAGACACCUGAAGAUAAUUCGAGUGUUGUUAAGCUGUAAAAUAGCGGACUCUGCCCUCACGAACAGCUCAGGUUUCACACCGGUCGACCUUGCUUCCUCGAUAUUGACAACAAAAAUCUGCUUUCAGACGCAUUACAUUAUGGAAGCUUUAAUCUCAUACGGUUCGCGUUUCUGUCCGCGACGAUUCGAUCGCAUAACAAUCCACUGGCUGAUCAGAAGGCGAGAUGAAGGAAUAGAUGAUCAGAGUCGAGCAUUGGUCAACAACCUUGUUAUCGUUGCGGUGCUCAUUGCAACAGUCUCCUUUGCCGCUGCAUUCACCUUACCAGGAGGAUACAAGAACGAUUCAGAAUCAGAUGAAGGGAUGGCCAUUCUAUCGAGCAGAGCUGCCUUCAAGGCCUUCUUGAUCUCAGACACCUUAGCCAUGGUCAGUUCCGUCACAGUAGCAGUCAUACUUCUCUACUAUGGUUUUCCAGAUCGCCAUGUCCGGCGUCAGUUUCUCCUGACGGCACUACUGUUAGUGUGGGUUGCAGUUGCCUUCCUCUGUGUGGCAUUUGCUACCGGCGUGUACUCUGUCGUUGCGCCCGACUCUGAGUGGGUUGCAAUUCUUGUGAUCCUAGUAGUUUGCGGUUUGCCCUUUGUUCUCCUUCUCCUUAUUGAUUGGCAUUUCUUAGACUACUUAAGGAUAGAGUUAGGUUCCUCAAGGAGAGUUGGCCGAAAUCCUGCUACAGAUGGGAAUUCUAUUUCAGUGGAUUUAAAGAAAUUACAAAAGAAGAUUUUUGAAUCUUAGAUCUUGGAUCACAUCGAAUUUACAACACCAAAAACGUCACCAGAGGCUGCAAUUAUCUAGCAACUUUUUUGUGUGGGAAAAAACAUAAAAUAAAAUAAAAUGUUGUCUUGUGUGAUAAAAGACGAUUCACUUAUCCCAGCAUCAGCUAAUCUGUCUCUAGAUCAGCACUACGGAGGUAAGUAAA